AUUCGCUCUCACUCUCUAGAAUUCAGAAUCGCAAAACCUAACUAAACAAAACAAAAUAAUACCAAAUUUAAUUUUAGAGAGCUUUUGAAUUUCCUUUACUUUCUCUCUUCACUCUAAAAGCCGCGCAAAUUAAAUUGUUUGCAAUGUUUUAGGGUUAGGGUUAGGGUGUUAACAACAAUUUCUCGUAUCAUUCGUUACUUAAAGAUUGAAGAUGUAUGCUGACCGAGUGGAGGCUGCAGCCGGUAGGUCUGUUAAGGAACGUCUUAACGGCAAUUCUGCCGACGACUCUACUCGCCGCCGUCAAAUUACCGGAAAAAGGCAAAGGCAGGAUGAUAAGUGGGAACAUGAUCUCUACGAGAAUAAUGAGCCGCGUCUAUCGAAUCGCAAAGUCAGUGGUCAAGAUCUUCGGCUGAAGCUUCAAAAGAAAAAUCACCUACACGUAAAGGGGGCAGUUUCUGGUGUGCGGGAUUUACGUGAAAAGCUAUCUGGGACUAUGAAUGCACAACCAGCAAAUUUGGAUCCACCUAAACGGAAGCCGGAGACUGCUUCUCAACCUGCUAGGAGAAGUGCUGCUGUUGAAGCUCCUGAACCAGAGAUUAAAAAAGUUGCUACCGUGGCUUCUAGGAAAAAAACAUCUCAGCAAAAGGCCAAUACUUCUCUGGAGAGUUUUCUUCAGUCUCUAGGCCUUGAAAAGUAUCUGAUUACGUUUCAAGUCGAGGAAGUUGAUAUGACCACUCUUGUGCACAUGACUGAUGAGGACCUCAAAGUUUUAGGAAUACCAAUGGGUCCAAGAAAGAAGAUACUUUUAGCAUUGGAAUCAAAAGGCUAGAAUCAGGGAGGAAAGUGGCGGCUGCAUGUUUUAUUGGUUUGACAGUUGAAUUAGCAGGAUUGCGUUUAAAUUGAUGUAUGCCUGGAUGUAAAAAUUUGGCCUCCUGUUUUGUCCUUAUGGCCUGACUGGCUCAAAAUAUAUGAAACUGGUAUGAAAAUUAGCUUGCACCAAGGUUAGGUUCAUCCUUGUUCUCUUUUUCCUAAUUUUUGUUGGGCAAUUGUUGAAAAUUCAGAUUAAUGAAAUCAUUACUUUGUUU